UAGUGGAACUCACAGAUGGGUAGUGAGAAAAAAAAAAAAACACAGCAUUCAAUGAGAUCACAAUUUGGAGGGACACUUUAAGGAUAAUUGUGUGUGGAGUGUCCCUGGGGAAAGGGGGACGCUCCAGCUGGAAGUUAUUAGGGUGCCCAGACCUGUGGCAGAGAAAAAUCUGAUCCCUGGUAAGGACACAAGAGAAAUAACCAAGCCUAAAAAGUUGAAAUCUCAGACCUCAAGUUUUGUUAUGAGUUGAUAAAAUCAUGGUGAAAUGUUGCUCGGCCAUUGGAUGUGCAUCUCGCUGUCUGCCAAACUCCAAGUUAAAAGGACUGACAUUUCAUGUAUUCCCCACAGAUGAAAACAUCAAACGAAAAUGGGUAUUAGCAAUGAAAAGACUAGAUGUGAACACUGCCAGCAUUUGGGAGCCUAAAAAGGGAGAUGUGCUGUGCUCCAGGCACUUCAGGAAGACAGAUUUUGACAGAAGUACUCCAAAUACUAAACUGAAACCUGGAGUCAUCCCUUCUGUCUUUGAGGCCCCAUAUCACCUACAGGAGAAGAGAGAAAAACUUCAUUGCAGGAAAAACUUCAUUCUCAAAACCCUCCCAGUCACUAACCACAGUCACCAGCUUGUUGGGGCUUCAUGCAUUGAAGAAUUCCAACCCCAGUUCAUUUUUGAACAUAGUUACAGUGUUAUGGACAGUCCAAAGAAACUUAAGCAUAAAUUAGAUCACGUGAUCAUCGAGCUAGAGAAUACCAAGGAAAGUCUACGCAAUGUUUUGGACCGAGAAAAACACUUUCAGAAAUCACUGAGGAAGACAAUCAGGGAACUAAAGGAUGAAUGUCUAAUCAGCCAAGAAACAGCCAGUAGACUGGAUGCCUUCUGUUGGGAGUGCUGUGAAAACACAGAAUGAGGCUGGAUUUUGUCAAGUAAUUUCUUAUAUGGUCCAUCUGCAACUGACAUCGAUGCUUCCUAGAAGACCUCACACACCAUCACUAAAUCCUAUCAUCACUGACAGCACUUUGGAUACCUAGCAGCAUUACACGUUAUCCCUGCUAGCCAGAACCUUACUGAAGAUGUGCAGAUUGUGUUGUAGCUAUGCUUUUGUGUGACUUGUGACAAUUGUUUUUACAGACCUAAACUAGUGCUGGGUCACUAUUGUAAGACAGUUAAAUCUUAGGAUAAAGUUGGCCACAUUGGUUAUGGCAAUCAGAGCAUCAGAAUUUUGACUUUGACUACGUUUAUGUGUAUAUGCUUUAUAGUAAUUUAUAGUGAUUUUAAUUUUAAAUAUUUUACUACAAAGCAGAAUUUGUUUACAGCACACAUUCGUCUUACAUCCAACCCAAGGUGCUUUAGUUAUUAUUAAUCAUGCUAAAGAGUAUUGUUUUUAAUAAAGCACUCUGUAGCAUGGGCCCUGAGAAUAGCUCACAGAAAAGAUUUAUUAGCUUUUAAGUUAAGAGCCAAUUAGAGAAGACUCCUGACAGGAUGUCAGUUUUUCGGUACGGUGCGUCAUUCCUCCUCACAAGGACUAGUCGGUAUAGCUUCAAACACUAAAGACUGAAAGCACAUGUUUGACGUCAGUGAGCAGUUGUUACUGCAUGAGAAUGGGGCCUUCCCAGCUGUUGUUUUUAUUCAGCUCUUCCAUACACAGUGCUGCCACCAGCUGAAGAUAUGCAGUGCUCUUUGUGGUUUUUAAGAAGGUAAUAUUGCUGACACUUGGAAAACUGUAAAACAUAAGGAAAGCUAUUUCAGAUGUGCAGGUCUUGCAGUGGAAACAGAAACAGAACUGAUGACUGUCUAGUGAUGGUAGUUACUCAGAGAAAAGAGCAUGCAGAAGAGCAGUCUGGAAACUUCUUACAAAAUAUACAAAAGAAGAGUCUUAGCUAUUUACUGAUCCAGUCCAAGGUUGUAAAUUUUGCUUCUCCCUAUUCCUUACUAAAACACCUGAAGUUAAGAAUCACAAGUACAUUAAAAUAAAACAUAUUAGCCAAAGUCCUACCCCAUAUUAGGCACAAGUCUGUGAAUGAAUUUCUUCAGAGAUCUGUGCAUAGUCUUUAGAAUGUGUGCAACAAUUGUUUCAUUGUGUUAAUGAAUCACAUCCAGUUUUUGUUUAUUUGUUCCCUGUAACUUCAUUUGUUUCAUAUUAGUACCAUAAGGAUAUGGUCAGUUGAAGAGUUUUGUAUUUAAGAUAUUGUAUUUUCAUGUCGGACUUCUAAGUCUUCCCUCUAGGAGGGAUUUUUUUCCCCACAUUUGAAAGAUAAUUGUUAUGCUAAGAUUGAAGUUACUGAGGUUCUUUUAUUACCCUCAAAUGUUUGUGGGUUUUUUGGUUUGUUGGUUGGUUUUUGUCUACCUGUUAUUUAUUUUCCUUAUUUAACUUUUAAGUCCCAGUGGGUACUCUAAUGAGAAGUGUGAGUAGAAUCCAAAUCCUCAGCCUGUGUGUGAGAGCAUGUAUGUUUAAGUUGGUGACUAGGCAAUGGCAAAAAGAAAAAGCACAGCAGUGUGUCCGGACUUCCCCUCCCCUGGCUGCCUGCAGUAAAGCAGACCUGCAAGACUCUCAAGAGCAAGGUGCCCCAUCACAGUUGCACAGUCACUUUGGCUGCUGUGUCUGUCAUGGUGACCUCAGUCUUUGUCCUCUCUUUCACUGGGUCUGUAUCAAUGAGACAUUGGUAACUGGGUGAGAUAUCAGUAAGGACCCAGAGCCUCCCUUGUGCUCUUUACUCUUUUGGAGAAAUAGUUACCAAUAGAAAUCAGACUUAAAGGAUCCCUACCAUCUGCCACAUAAAACAAAGGCCUGAACACAGGCCCUACCUCAGUCUUCUGCCCAGAGAUUUCAGCCCAGGUCUUCCGGGAAAGACCUGUGUAUAAAGAAAAGCUGAAUCACGACCUAUCCACAAGUCCUCAGGCAGCCGAGGCUGACCUCAGGGUUCUAGUUUCUAAACAUGAACCAGCCUCUAGACCCUGGAACACACUUGAUUUCCAAAGAAGGUAUGAAAAAAUUGGUGUGGCAACUUCUCCAUAUUAACUUUAAAUUUUUGAAAAUAGGCUUUGUUCCUAAAGGUGCCUGUAAUUAUACAAGUCUCUUAUUUGAAAAAAGGUGAAGAUGUAUUAAAUAUAUACUUAGUUUUAGUUUUUAAAAUUAAAAUUCUGACAAAUAA